AUGGCUCAAGCAUCGGUACAGAAGCCCACGCUCUACGAGACGUUCCAGAUUUAUGUCUUGGACGGCGUUUCUGAGCGGGAUGAUCCAUUGAUGAGGGACUACACAUUUGCCCCGCAGGUUACGAAGACAGAAAGGAAAUUGAUCAACGCGGAUGAAGACCAAGUGCGAGCUGAGGACUUUGAUGACGUACGGGCUCUGGAAGCUGUCUACUACCCUGAAGUGGAGGCGUCUAUACUGAAGUUCACGGGAGCCAAGGUUGUUUUCAUCACCAAUAGCAUUGUGCAAAGGGGGGAAAGAGGAUAG